GCAACUUUACGCAGUUUAAAAGUUAAGUAUGGAUACGUGGUAGAAAGCAGCGGAUUUUUUUUCUUUACGUGGUUUCUUGCGUUAAACCCAGACACUAAUAGGUGUCUAACAGACGACUAAGAGUCAUCAUGAUGAUUCCUCGGAAGCAGGAAUACGGUAUAAAGAGGAGCGGAGGAGCCCGCGGCGGUUCGGUCACACACUUGAGAACUCUGAACUCGGGCUCGGUUCGCCGCAGUUCAGCCGUGCUGCCGUCCGUACUUACGUUCCUGGUGAUCGUAGCAUCUGGAGGCCUGUUGCUCAUGAUAGAGAAAGGAAUGCUCAACAGCAUGGAUACGCCUCCACCGAGGGGAAACGGCAGGCGUUUGGACGCCACCCGACAGAAAGGCGGUUCGGCCGCGGUGGACGUGGAGCUCCAGAUCCUUCAGGAGAUCCGGAACAGGACCAUCAAGACCAUGUGCAGCCAGAAGAACAUGCCACACAGCAUUUGGACUUUGACCCCUUUGCAGAGGAAGACGGUUCUGCAGCACAUCCUGGUGAAUGACGAGUACCACUUCCUCUACUGCUACGUCCCCAAAGUGGCUUGCUCCAACUGGAAGAGAGUUCUGAAGGUGCUGAACGGAGCACUGGAGAGUGUAGACGUCAGCAUCAAGAUGGACCACCGCAAUGACCUAGUGUUUCUGUCAUCUCUAAAACCUGAGGAGAUACGUUACCGUCUCAAGCACUACUAUAAAUUCAUGUUUGUGCGAGAACCCAUGGAGCGACUGCUCUCUGCUUUCAGGAACAAGUUUGGAGAGAUCGAGUCGUACAAAAAGAAAUACGGCGUAGAGAUCGUAAAGCGCUACAGGAAGGGCCACGCUAAAGACACGUCAGUAAAAGGGGAUGACGUGACCUUUGCAGAAUUUGUCCGUUACUUGCUGGAUGAGGAUGUAGAGCGUAUGAACGAGCACUGGAUGCCCGUGUACAACCUUUGUCAACCCUGUGCAGUGUCAUACAACUUCAUCGGUUCCUAUGAGCACCUGGAAAGUGAUGCCGAAUUUGUGCUGCAACAGAUCGGUGCGCCUCCUCAUGUUCAUUUCCCAGAAAGGCAAACGUGGUACAAGCCAGUCACCACAGAGACGUUACACUACUAUCUGUGCAGUUUACCACAGAAGCUACUGAGGCAACUGCUGCCAAAGUACAUUUUAGACUUUUCCCUCUUCACCUACCCUCUACCAAAUACAACCACUGAACACUGUCGGCAUUAGAAAUGCACUGGCUGAAAGUUUUGAGUUUUUUAAAUAUAUAAAAACCGGCUGUGUCUAUGGCCAUGGACAGCUGUCAGACUUUUACUUGAGAUGUUCAUUACAAAUUUCCUUUUGUUGAAGAUGUUCAGUCAGUGUCCUUUUGUGUUGUCAACUCAAAAAUGUGACCAAAGGUGAAUUGUUAAAGUUAUAAUUAGUAUAUAAGAAUUUAAAAAUCCUUUCAUACUUGCAAAAAAUAUUCAGUAGGACACUCAUUAGCCUGGGUUUAGGCCAGACUUGAUUUUCAACACCACUGACUGGAAUGCAGCCCCAAACUAGUACAGAGCUCUUUGUUUUACGUUUUGUUUGUUUUUUUUACAUUCUUCCUUGAUGCCAUCUAAACUUUAGUUUUUAGAAGAAGAAAGAAUUUUACAUUGUUAUGCACGUUUAAUUGAUUUAAGAUGACCAAUGACCUGGUAUAUUUUUAUAUUUAUCUGAUAGAUAGAUAACAUUCUAUUUAUCUCUACAUAUAUCUCUGUAGAUGUCAGUCAGAUUUUCUACAAUUUGUGUUUUUGUUACAUUCAACAUAAUUAACUUUUCCCCUCACACCAACAUAUACUCAACUCCAAAACCACUAAAGCUUGAGAUCAGCUAUAAAGAGGAAGUUAGCUAAAUGGGUUACAUGCACUGUUACUGUAAAUUAAUGGGGUCAAAGGCAUUGGUGCAAAUUAACUGUAAAUAAGGUCAAAUGACCAAGCUUUGUACUUUUCUCCCAUGUCUUCAUAUAAACAUGGGUGGAGUUUAAAGGUUAACUUCACUGGACAUUCAGUGCUUUAGCAGGCUAAAACACACAAACACACACACACACCAUGUCAACAAAGGGCUGUGGGGUUAAAUCAGGUUUGAUUCUUUUGUAUGUUACAAUCACAGCCUCCACACGCUUUUGUAUUUACUUUGACUGUUGAAUAAAUUCUAGGCUUUGUGAUGUAA